AUGGAGUUGGAGAGAGCAUUGCCCAGAUGGGUUAUCGUUAUAUGUGGCGUUACUACCACAUCUUCAAUAUUAGUAUCAUCACUAGGUAUCUUUUUGCAUUUGAGAAACUACCGAAAGCCAUUUGAGCAGCGUCUGACUGUUCGUAUAUUGGUACUGGUACCUUUGUUUUCCCUUUCCUGCUACUGCAUGUUGAUGAGCUAUAAGGUAGGAAGAUUAAUAGAACCAGUACGUGAGAUAUAUGAAGCGUUUACUAUUUACACUUUCUAUAAACUAUUAGUGUUGAUGCUUGGUGGUGAAAGAAGAAUCAUUCUAAUGACAGUGGAUAAGCCUCCCACUUCACAUCCUUUUCCUGCAAGUCUUUUUUUGAAAAAGAUCAACAUUUCUGACCCCCAACAGUUUUUGACUAUCAAACGUUGUAUAUUGCAAUAUGUGUGGUUCAAGCCUCUUUUGUACCUAGUUAUAUUCAUUACAAGUGUUCUAGGGAUCUACGAUGUGAAUGACGUUUCUUCAAGUAGUAUCUUCGUGUGGAUAGGUGUAUGUUACAAUUUAAGUGUUACAACAUCAUUAUAUUCCUUAGCUAUGUUUUGGAAAUGUUUGUACGACCAAUUGAGUGCCUUCAAGCCCUGGAGAAAGUUCAUGUGUGUCAAGCUCAUUAUUUUUGCAUCUUACUGGCAAGGUAUAAUAAUUGGCCUUCUCAAUUGGCUUGGUGUUUUUAGAGAACGGGAAAAAGUUGUGCUCUUGAAUUCAAGCGGCAACUUGGGUAUCCAGAUACAAAACGGCCUAUUGUGCUUUGAGAUGAUCUUUUUUGCAUUCCUACAUUGGAGCUCAUUCCCAUACACAGACUUUAUUGUUCUGAAAUACCCUGACGCUGCACGAAUAAAACCGUUGGUAGCCCUGAAAGAUUGCAUAAGUAUAGGCGACCUAAUUCAUGACAUCAAAAUCACCACAAUGUAUGGUGACAGUUAUAACUUAAGGAACUUUGAUUCCAUUGCUGAUUCCACCGUUUACAACAGCUCGGAGACCUUCAAUCAAAAGAUAUACCAAGGUUUGAGAAUCUCAGCAGAUGGAAAGAAAUACUGGAUA